AAGUCAUUUCAAGAAGUAUUUGAAAAAAAUGUAUUUGAGAUAUAUGAAAGUUGUGAAUUGUUUAUAGAAACUGUGCGAACAGAGCAACAAAAAAAGGCUGAAGAUCUAAGACUUACUGUAGUUGAAUUAACUAAAAGAAUAAAGGAUAGGUAUUGGAAAGUCGAAAAGGCAGGUGAUCAUCGUUUUGUUAUUGGUGCCUCUAUUUACAUCGUAGGUAUUGUCGUAAUUGGUGUAGUAGUGUUUCACUUUCGCUGGUACCGUGUCAUUGCUGCUGUAGAGGUCGUAAAGUUGCAUCAUUGGAUUGUUGCUUCAUCAUUUUCACCUCUUUGGAUUAUUGUUUCAUCAUUUGCUGGUAGAGUUAUGUUUAGUAUUGCUGUUUCCUGGAGGUUAUUAUUAAUUAGUAGAGUC